AUGGGUGGGCGCUGCUCCAAGUACAGCGUCUGCUGGUGCCACUCCUACUUCAAGAACUCCGCCCUUGAGUCGCCUGAUCAUGGUACCACCCUCUUCCUCCCCCCAAGCCGGCCAAACCCCCCCUUCUUUCUAGCUGCCUUCUGUGGCCGACAGGGUAAAUUUAAUGCCGAUGCUGCAGAGGACGGGGCCAAGGCGGAGCAGGGCGCCGUGCCGUCGUUCAGGGAGUACGGGCUCGCGGAGCUGCAGGCUGCCACGUCGGGCUUCUCCUCGGACAACAUCGUCUCCGAGCACGGCGAGAAGGCCCCCAACAUCGUCUUCCGGGGGCGCCCCGCCACCGGCGACGCCACCAUCGCCGUCAAGCGCUUCAACAAGUCCGCCUGGCCCGACGCCCGCCAAUUCCUCGUCCGUCCGCGAUGUCCCCCUCGCCGCCCACAUCUCCCUUUGACGAUGCUGACAGCGAUUCUGGGAUUCUGCUUGGUUCCUGGCAGGAGGAAGCGAGGGAUGUAGGGCAGCUCCGCAGCGAGUGGCUGGCGAAUCUAAUCGGCUGCUGCUGUGAAGGAGAUGAGAGACUCCUCGUCGCCGAGUUCAUGCCCCACGAAACCCUCGCCAAGCACCUCUUCCACUGUGCGUUCUCUUACCCCCCCUCCCACCUCUCUUCGCUAUAAAAUUUUUCCUCUCCCCCUUCUCUGCAACGCUCCCACACCCUUCAUCACCGGAGAUACUUGGGAUUUGAAUGACCGCGGAUUUCACCGCGCCUGGUCGUUUUCGCAGCGCCGCCAUUCCUCCCUUGCUCUCUAUGGGCCUGCGGCGGGACCAACUUUCGUCAUUUAUUCUCGCUUCCGCAACCAUCUGCUUCCCCAUUUCUUUCGGGUGACGAUGGGUUCCGCCAACCGGCGUCUAGUUUCUUCCCUCAUUCCUCUGGGGACGACGGCAAUCAAUUGCUCAGCACCAGCGAGAGCUGAUCAUCCAGAGGGAUUACAGUUGUUGAUUUUAUUUGGCAAGAAUGUUAGCAACGCAGCAAAAGUAUUCUGAACCGAAAAGGGCUUGGAAACUUCAGGUUCUCUGUCGAUUUUCUCUUAGCGUCUUACGGGAUUGGCUGAAGAUGAACUGGAUGUUCUAUCGAUUUGGCUCUGCGUUCUUCAUCGGGAUAAUUAGGGUUCGGCUUCGUAGGGGACACGCAGCCGAUGAGAUGGGCGAUGAGGAUAAGGGUCGCCCUCCAUCUGGCACAGGCCUUGGAGUAUUGCAGCGGCAAGGGGCGGGCGCUGUACCACGACCUCAACGCGUACAGGGUCCUCUUUGACAAGGUGCUCCAAAGUCAACUCAUUCUUCCCGCGCCGCCGUAGCUCGUUCCUCAUUCGGCGCUUGAUUAUCCGCCGUCUCUCGACAGGACGGCAAUCCCAGGCUCUCAUGCUUCGGCCUGAUGAAGAACAGCAGAGAUGGGAAGAGCUUCAGCACCAACUUGGCUUUCACGCCCCCGGAGUAUCUCAGCACAGGUGAUUCAGAGCCCGAAUCACUCGAUUUAAAUCGAAAAAACGGACAUAUCUGUAUGGUUUUGAUCGAGUUUCUCUCUAAUGCUAGCUAUUAUGUCUGCUGCGUAUCGCAAAAAAAAAUAAUGUCGCGAUGGUGUUCUUGGUUCUAUGCUUGGCAGGAAGGGUGACUCCAGAGAGCGUAAUCUACAGCUUUGGUACUCUUUUGCUCGAUCUUCUCACUGGAAAACACAUCCCUCCAAGCCAUGUACGCUCCCCAUCUAAUCCUCUUAAUUUGAUCUUAAUUAUUUAUUGUUAAGCUCAGUAUUUAUUGUUUCCGUUUCUUGCUCUGAGAUCAUCUUCCUGGGUUUCCAUCCUCCUUUGUACAUAAAUAGCAAUGAAGAAAAUCAUCAAACCCUUCCUAGUUUCUUUAUGUUAAGGCUACCUGUUCUUCAUCUCAUGAGCUGUUCUUCCUGCGAGGAGACGAUACGGCGCCAGUCUAUUAAAAAAUAGUAAUAAUAAGUCGACUCCAGACAUGCUGUCCUUGGCUUCAAAGGCAUUGAAUCAGCUUCCUCCUAGUCCCUCCUCUCAGAUCACAAAUUCUGAUGCCCUAUCUCGCUGAAAGAUUGUGAUCCGAGGGCCCGACGAUCUUGGAGCCGCAUUUGAGGAUGGCUGACUUUAGUUCUUUGGGCUUCUUUAGUUUCAUGACGGUUGACUUCCCGAACGCCCCCGGCAGGCGCUCGAUCUGAUUCGCGAGAAGAACUUCGUGGUGCUGAUGGAUUCCUGCCUGGAGGGGCACUUCUCCAACGAUGAUGGGACCGAGCUGGUCCGCCUAGCCUCCCGCUGCCUGCAGCAGGAGCCUCGUGAGCGACCCAAUCCAAAGUCUCUGGUGACCGCCCUCACAGCCCUCCAGAAGGAGACCGAGGUGAUGAGUCCUGGCUAAUAUCUUUUUACAAAAACCAUAUUCGAUUCGGAUUAAUUGUUCGUUUUUCAUUCUCCUUGAUCCUUGAGCAGGUGCCCUCGAAUGUUCUGAUGGAUAUCGCUCCCGAGACCCAUCAGGAUGAAUCCCCCGCGCAGUCACUGGCGUUGACUCCAUUAGGGGAAGCUUGCUACAGGCUGGAUCUCACCGCGAUUCACGAGAUGUUGGAGAAGGCCGGCUACAAGGAUGAUGAAGGAGUCGCGAACGAGGUGAGGAAAUUAAAUGCUGGUUUUUAUUUAUUCUGUUGUCUGGCAUACAUUCGCCAUCGGUGAAAGCAGUAAUCUUGAGCAAGAACAGAUCAUUCUUUCUUGGGGUGGGGGUCUGAACGUCAUUGAAGAGAGGAGGAUGCCCCAUGGAGUGUGUGGGACAUGCCCAGCUGGUCGAUUCGCGGGUAGAGGCUGAAUAGGGUUUUCUAGAGCGAAGUAGACAUUUUUGAAGCAUAAUCCUCUACGGAAAAUGUAUCGUCAGUUGCUGAAACGCUUUGAGUCCGAGAAAAAUUGUGGGAGAUAUUGUUGAAGGCUACUGCCACUGUUCAUCUGACAGCCUUUUCUCUCUAUAUAUAUGUAUCUAUAUAUUUAUUUAUUUGUGGAUAUUUAUAUCUCUCGUCCAUCCUGUCUGAUGCCCAGUGGUGCUCGAGAUUCUUGGUUCCUGUAAUGGCUAGGCUAGAUUUGCCGAGAGCUUCCUCCCUCUUUGAUUCCUUGAAUAAUUUCUCAACGGCGGGGGGGGGAGGGCUUGGACCCGCCGUCGCUGUCGUCUUUGCAGCUGUCAUUCCAGAUGUGGACCGACCAGAUGCAGGAGACAUUGAACUCCAAGAAACGCGGGGACGCCGCAUUCAGGAACAAGGAUUUCCCCGCCGCCAUCGACUCCUACACCCAGGUUUGGGGAUCCCGCUGCCCUUUUCAAAAAGCCUGGGCUAACCCAGUUCAUGCCGGGACGGCGCUCUGACUCUACUCUGUCCUUCACCGCCGCCGCAGUUCAUCGAGAGCGGGACGAUGGUGUCUCCGACGGUGCUCGCCCGCCGGUGCCUCUGCUAUCUGCUGACCAACAAGCAGCAGCCGGCGCUUGGGGACGCCAUGCAGGCGCAGGUGAUCUCGCCGGAGUGGCCGACCGCCUUAUACCUCCAAGCCGCCGCCUUGCUCACCCUCAAGAUGGACAGCGACGCCCUGGAGAUCCUCAAGGAGGGGACCUCCCUCGAAGCCCUGAGGAACGGCAGCGGCCGAGGAACUGUAUUAUAA